AUGACAACACUUUUCCUCCAAUUUUACAGGAUACUGGUGCUUAACUACUUGGCGCGGACCGGGAAGGCCGGAGGCCUGGUCGCAGGAUUGACCAUGUCUGCGUGUUGGGAUUCCUUUGAGACCGUUGACUCCUUGGAGACCCCACUCAACUCACUGCUCUUCAAUCAGCCCCUCACUGCUGGACUCUGCCGGCUUGUGGCCAGGAACAGAAAGACAAUUGAAAAGGUGUUGGAUGUAGACUUUGCGAUAAAGGCCCGCACAAUCCGCCAGCUGGAUGAGCGGUACACAGCUGUGGCUUUUGGGUAUAAAGACUGUGCAGCUUAUUACCAAGCCUCAAGCCCAAGAACCAAGGUAGACGCCAUCCACACCCCUGUCCUCUGCCUCAACGCAGCAGAUGACCCCUUCUCCCCCUUCCAUGCCUUCCCUCUGCAGGCUGCCCAGAAGUCUCCCUAUGUGGCUCUGCUCAUCACAGCUCGGGGUGGCCACAUCGGCUUCCUGGAAGGGCUGCUGCCCUGGCAACACUGUUACAUGAACCGUGUGCUACAUCAGUAUGCCCGAGCCAUCUUCCAGCACUCCGUGGGGCUGCCUGACCUGGGAACACUCACUCCUGAAGAUGGAAAGAGCUAACAAGAGGACUGCUGAGGUCUCGGUCCAAUCUCUCUCUCUUUAUUAAAUAUCAACUCUUCCUGCCUAACGA